AAACUGUCAAAUAUUAUUUAAAAUCUAUCAAAUAAAAAUGUAAAUUUAUAAAACUGUUUAAAAUUGUGUGAGUGGUGUUGUGAACAGAAAUCAAGCAUAAUAAUAAUUCAGUGCUCUCUUUUUUUACUUUUUCUGUGUUCAAUAGCCAUUUAAAGACAUCUUGGUCAAAAAUAUUGUAAUGCCUGCUUUCAAAAUUCAUCUGCAAAUAGCUGACAAAUAGCUGAAAUACAAUUCAUUACUUUGGCAAUGACAAAGUGUUUUUUUCAUGCAUGUAAAAAAAUGUAAAGUGAACAGAGAGAUUUAUCUAAAAUGUAAUUAUGUAGUGAAAGAAAAAAAGAAAGAAAGAACUGCUCUGUGCGUUGUUCACAUGUGCUGGUGGUAAUCUAUGGGUAAAACAAUGAGGAAGAGAAAGAUUCCCAGUGAACACGUGACAUUAUAGAUACAGUUAUAAACGUCGAGUUAUUGUUCAUAGUUCAUACAGUGUGUGUUCAGUGAAGUAUCCGUGUGUCUUUGUCUGACCUCGGCUGUCCACUUUGCUUUUGUCUCCGUGAAUGGUGAUGCACCGAUUACACCCAGCCCUCAGGAGAGAUGUUUUGGUUCAUGCAAGGAAUGUGCUUUUUACCUUCUUUUCUGGUAAUCUGGUCAUCGAGCACCUUCAUUAUAUCUUACAUCAUCGCAUUAUUUCGACGAGAUGUUGAUGUUGUCCUUCCUUAUAUUAGUGAUACAGGGGCUACUCCACCCGAGAGCUGUGUGUUUGGAUUCAUGUCGACAAUCACUGCCUUUGCAGCCUUUGCUACUAUGUAUGCUGAAUAUAAAUUUGUGGAGAGAAUCCAUGAGAGAACCGGUGCCGUGUCCCCUUGUCUGAACAAGGUUUCUUUUGGUUUUGGCAUCGUCUCUUGUGUCGGCAUGUGUUUGGUGGCUACAUUUCAGGAGACGACGGUGAUGCCAGUCCAUGAUUUCGGUGCUUUACUAUUUUUCUUAUCUGGGGUUAUAUACACUGUCAUCCAGAGUGUGAUAUCGUACCGAGGUCAUCCUUAUGGAUGUUCUAAGUCCAUUUGCCAUUUCCGUGUGUUCUUCGCUGGAUUGGCUGCUCUAGCUGUAAUACCCACAAUUAUUUGUGCAAUUCUUGUCGGAACAAGCAAACUUCACUGGGACACCAAUGAUAAGGACUACACACUUCAUAUAGUGAGUGUCGCGUGUGAAUGGAUCACUACUUUCAGUUUUGUCUUCUUCUUUUUAACGUACAUCAGAGAGUUCCAGCAAUUCACUCUGAAACUGACUGUUAAUUUAAUAGAGUAUUCAUGACCAUCACAUCAUACCGUUACAGUGUUUCACUGUUUUUGUGCAUUUUUAAUAGAAUUGUAUUUUUAUACAACUUACUACCUUUUUUCAUGUUGAAAGAUCUGCUAAAGUACUGUGUAAUCAUUGGCAGCGUAUAUUUUUGUAGCUUGUAUUUUGUUCUAGAAAAAGGGCAUAAACAUGUACUUGAAAUGUAAUAUAACCACUUGAUGCCAAACAAUUAAUAAAGCUGCUUCAUAGUAAUUCUUAUUUUAGAAAGCAUUUAUGAUCAGCCAAGUUGAGCAAAUUCUUAUUCGCAUUACUGUCAAUCAAUCUAUCUUUGCUUUGGUUAUAGUUUGGACUUUUUGCCUUGUUUUACUCCAUAAUCAUUCCGAAAAUUCAGUGCAGCUGAAAGUGAGCAACAGGUGUGUUUUAAUCUUGCACUUUAUGAAGUGGAAUGUAAAAAAAAAAAGUCCAUGCUUGCACAAUGUUUGUCUGACUUUGUAAUUGUGAAAUAAAAACACAUGAUGAUGAUAAUGA